UGUUAAUGUGCCGAGGGAAGGCAAUGCAGGAUUUUAAAGGCCCAGACUGCCGCUUUGUAAAUUUUAAGAAGGGAGAAGCGGUGUAUGUGUAUUAUAAACUAAUAGGAAAAUCAACCGAGCUCUGGGCUGGAAGUGUUGGAAGUGAUUUUGGAUAUUUUCCAAAGGAUUUACUUGAAAUAAAUCAUAAUUAUUCCAAUGAGGAGCUAGAGUUACCAACAGAUGAAACAGACUUUGUUUGCUUUGAUGGAGGAAGGGAUGAUUUUGAUAAUUAUAAUGUGGAUGAGCUUUUGAAAUCAUUGCACGAGACAAUAGCAGAUGAAGGGGAAACUGAAUUGAGUGAUCCAGAGACAAAAGCAGCUGAAGGAAUUAAAAGGGAUGAGGAGAUUGAACAGAUCGAUACAGGAAAGUCCCUUGAUGCCUUGGAUACAGACAAUCUCGAGCUAAGCACAGAAGAAGAUGAGGAAGCCUUCACCAUGAAAGAGAAAGUAGUAGACAAUUCUUUUGCAGAAGGAACUGAAAAUACUAGGGGAGACUCCAGUGUCAAUAGUCACAAAGAAAACUCUCAGGGAGAUCAGAUUGCACAUGAGCACUUGAAAGGAAUGCUACACGGGAAACUAAAAGGGCUAGAAAGUGAAAAUACCAAAAACACUAGUAUUCCUCAGGGUGAAACCAGUCAACUUGACAAAGAAAGCGAAGAAGUCAAUGCCUAUACACUUUUAAACAGAGACCUUUCUGUGAAACUGAAAACACAAUUUGGCUCAACUGCUGAUGCUGUUGUAUCAGAUGAUGAGGUGACUCGCCUUGUUACAUCGCUGGAAGAUGAUUUUAAUGAAGAUUUGAGCAUUAAUACUCAUGAUGCAGAGGAGGAGCCAGACUUCGCAGAUCAGUCUGAAGAAAUCCCUUUACUGUCUUUUACAGCAGAGGAAGAAAUUAUAUCCCCAGUGGAUUUAGAUGAUGAUGAAAACAAUGACAUUGAGUCACAAAAUCAUGAACUUAAUGAAGAUGCAAAGGGUGCUACAGAGCUAAAUAACCAAAGAGACAAUGAGGAAGAACCAAAUUCAGAUACAUUAAUUCUUAAGGAUGCCUUCAUUAAGAGCAAGAAGUCGGGCGAUAGUAUAAGUGUGGAGAGGCUCAAAUCUCAACAAACAAAAGAGAAACAGGAUGAGGUGAUGCUACUUAGUAAAAGAGAAGCACCAGCAAAAACUCAACUUGAGGAUUUCUCCAAAGAACUUGGAAAGGAACCUGUAGGUGGAGGUGAUCUGGAUUCAAAAGAAAAACCAAACAAAACUGGACAGUUUAAAGAGCAGCUUGCAGUUGAUGGAACUGAGUCACAUACUGAAAAGCUGAAGAGUACAGCUGUGCCUGAUCCUCACAUUUUGCCUAGUCCAGGAGAUGAUCUGGAGUCCAAAUCACUGGUUGAAAGCAAGCAAGAUGCUUUAAAACCACUUGUUGGUGAUACCAACAAAAGUCCAGAAAAGGUGCCACUUGCUCAAAUAGACGAAGAUGAGAAAAAGUUUCAAGAUGACACCUUGGAAGAGGUCUUGGAAAGUGAUUUAAAGCACAAAACGUUAUGGGAGAAAACAAAGAAGAAAGGAAGAGCUGAGGACAAGCCUUCUGUUGAUGUUCCAGCCAGACUGGUGGAAGAGGUAAAAAAUGCAUCUCAAAGUGACUUAGGAGAUACUGAUUUCUUAAAAGAGAAACUGGAGCAUAGAAUGCCUGCUGUGGAGAAAGAGAUUCUAAGACAUGAAGAUGAUUUGAAACAAACAGGGGAGACCAAUCAUGAAAAUCAAAAAACCACCUCUCUUAUCAAAGAGCCUGAAAUAAAAAGGGGAAAUGUGAAAGAAACCCCUGCAGGGGAGGGAGACCUAAGCCAUAGAGGAGCCCUCAAGCAACCUAGGCCAUGGGAAAAUGAGUAUUCAGAGGCAGAUAUGAGAGAAGAGCUUUCAAGAAAUCUUGGCAAGAUGCCAGUGUUUGAAGAAAGCAUUGAGAAGAGUUCCCCUGAAGAAAAAUCAAAAAGCACUACACAGAAUACUAAUACAGAGAAUCUUACUCAGCGAGGAACUGCUCGUUCUCAGGAUGCAGAUUCUGACAGAAACCUUGGCACAAAUUUAUCUAAAGAAAAACCACUCAGACCAGAAUUGCAAUCUGAGGAGCCAGAUGCUGAAGAAGACCCUGACCUGAAACAAGAAGAGGAAGAGCUACUGGAAGAUGAGAAUGCUGCAAAUGCAAAGCUGUCACAAGCAAAGGCUGCAGAUGUACAGGGUGAUACACUACAUGUUGAAAGUACAAACCCUGAAUUAGAAGUACUAAGCGAAGCUGUUCUGGGAACUGCAAAUCCUACUUAUGAAACAGGAGAGGAAGCAAACUCAUUUUCUAAAGAGACUAAAAAAAUGUUCAGCGUGCAAGAUGCAAGCGAGACUGGGAACAAAGAAGUUGGUGUACCAGUGAAUGAAGAUGCUAAAUGGGAUGAGAUGGAACAUGUCAUGGAAGAUGAUGAGGAGUCUUCUGAAACUGAGGAACCAUCAGCUGUGGAAGGUCAUAAUUUCCAAUCUCCUGACACAGAAGACGACAACUUUAACCAAAGGAUAGAUCAUCUCCCAGAGGGCAUUUCACAGAAAAACUCAAAAGAGAUGCAAAAUUCGGAGCAUACAAGAGAUGACCACCAGCAAUCUGCACGUUUCCCCAGCCCUGCUGACAGUUCAGCAGCCACAAAUGAUACUGUAACAGACUUCAGUGACUCUGUGAAGCGGCUCACAAUAAUGAGAAAUUUUCUCGAUGAAAAGCGUAUAAUACGUUUACAAAAGUACCUUGGGCUUCAGCAGAUGUUUAGGAUAGAAGCCAUGUUUCAUGACAUGAAGGUAGAGAUGGAGCUUGCUCGGAAGGCAAGCCAUAAUAAUGAAGAUACAGAAGCAGCCUUGGACCAGAUACUUGAGUUUUCAGAAUCGAGCAUUAUGGAUGUUGUGGGAAAAGUUCUGGAUUCCAGAGUGGCAGAAAAUAAAGAGGAGGUGGUGAAAGAAAUGGAUUUGUACGAUGAGGAGAGUGCACUGAUGGAUGAUCUUCAAGAAUUAAUAUAUUCUUUAAGGAGUAAAUAUUCAUCUGCUAGUGAGAGCGUCCCACUUGCAUCUGUUCUAGAACAGGAAGAUGAUCAGCUGCACCUUCAAGAUGGUGCAAAGGAGGCUGAAUCUGACAGAGUUUCCAUCAGAAACCCACAUGCCAUUGAUGAGAGCAAUCAGAAAUUUCAGCAGCCUGAAGAUAAGAGGUUACAACAGCCUAUUGAGGAGAAGGAGGAGACAGCUGUUAAUGUUGCACCUGAGUAUGAAGAGGCCAACUUCUCGGAUACUAGAGAAGCCGAAGAAGGGUACGAUAGUGAAAGGGGAUCGCUGCUGGAAGAUGCUGCCUUUGGGUCAACUGAUUCAGGACAAAGUGCCAUGGAAGAUACUGCUGCAG